GCCGCGCCCGCCCCCGGCGGCUAUAAGGAGCUGGAGGCGGCGGGGCGCGGCCUGGCGGCGGCAUGACCGAGGUGAAGCUGGCCGUGCUGGGCGGUAGCGGAGCCGGCAAGUCGGCGCUGGCCGUGCGGUUCCUGACCAGGCGGUUCAUCGGAGAGUACGCGUCCAGCGCCGAAUGCAUCUACACUAAACACUUAUGCCUGGAUGGGAGGCAGAUACACUUGGAAAUUUAUGACCCUUGUUCACAGCCACAGCGGGGGAAGCUCUCCCUCACAGAUGAACUUCACUGGGCUGAUGGAUUUAUCAUUGUUUAUGACAUCAGUGACAGAGCAUCAUUUGCAUUUGCGAAAGCAUUGUUGUACAGGAUCCGAGAGUCUCACAUAGGAGCUUGUAAAAAAAUGGUUGAGUCAUCAGUAUUUUUGGUUGGUAACAAACAGGAUUUAUGCCAUAUGAGGGAAGUUGGCUGGGAUGAAGGACAGAAGCUGGCAAUAGAUAACAAGUGCCAAUUCUGUGAACUGUCUGCAGCAGAACAUUAUCAGGAAGUUGUGGCAAUGUUCAUGAAAGUCCUAAGGAAUAUCACCUCCAAUUUCAAAGUGAAGGAAAAGAGACGACCAAGUGGAUCAAAGUCAAUGGCCAAGUUAAUCAACAAUGUGUUUGGAAAGAGAAGGAAAUCUGUGUAAAAGAUGGUUAGUUUUGAAGUAGGAACAAGCUGAAAUAAUGGAGCACAGGCAGCUCUUGGGAUUCAGUCAAUUUCCUCCAAAGGUCAAUGUCUGGAGGACUAAGUAGAAACCAAAGGCAGGAGAUAGUAUGGUCAAGUGGACAGGGCCUAGACCUAGAAGACAUGACCUUCUAUUUCCAGUUCUACUACAGAUUUACUGUGUUAGGGCUAUGUCACUUAAACUCUAAGCUGCUCCUCUCACUCUUUAUCUCAUAAGUUCUUCAGAGGAGAGUUUUAGUUGGUAUUUCUUCAACACCAGCAUGAUCUUGCAUAGAGCUUCAAGAAUGCGGCUGAAGUAUAAACAGUUAUUUCCAGUAAACAGGCUUGCUGGCCAAAGUCUUACUUCAGAAGUCUGAGAAGUAGUCGUGGCUUUUGUGCAGGAACACUUCUUGCACUAAAGAAAAGCAAAAUACUGCUGCUUUGUGUGAUACUGUAUCUGUAUUUAACUCAAGGAAGGAUGGCUCAGAUCCUCAUGUGCCUAAAGGUGCCUAACACCUGCUGAAAUUCAUAUGAAUUAAAUGCUUAGACACCAAAUCUACAAAAGGUAUUUAUCUGCAAAGCUGCCUUGCAGAGGCACCAGAAGUACAGAAGCAGAUAAACAAAGCAGUAUUGUCUCCUGUUUCAGUAUUGAUUUUUUUCUUUUUUUGAGUGAUGAAAGAAAGUAGAGAGGGUUGAGGGAAGUGGGAACUGAAAUGUUAAUCAGUGAGCAUUGGACGAGUUUGGCAAGGUCAUUGCUUAGUGAAAUAAUGUUAAAGCUAGCGCAGCUGUAAGGCCAGAGCAACAUCUUGGGCUGAUCCUUUUCACAGAGCAUUUUCACCGGCUGUAACAAGUUUCCUUACCUGUAAGGUAGAUGUGCCUGUUCAAUUUUAGAUGGGAGUGGGAGCUUGGAAAGCACAUGGACUGGUAAAAAGCACAAAUUCUUUAGGAUGUCUGCCUGGAUUUAAAGGUCAGCCUGCUGGUAAGACCUGUGCUCCUAGCUUUGCAUAGAGUGUUUUUCCUAAGGACCCAUGUACUUACAACUAGUCGUUACUAUGAUAUUGAGAUACUACUUGAGAAAGUGCUAAGGAAUGUUAUUUAACACUUUUCAAAUGUGGAUAUUAAACAACAAAUGGGUCUAAAUAUGUUGUCAGUUGACAUUCAGAGCUCUUACUGUAGACAACUAAAUAAGGACUUGGCCUGGUGUGUUUGAAAGUGCUGUGCUAAUACAGAAAUUAUGAAAGCGGACUGAUCUGAAAAUAAAUUAGUGCCUCCUACCCAUUUCAGAGGACAGCUGAGAUCCAGUCUUUAUAAGUUGCUGAGUUGAAGCCUACCUCAGCUCUGAAAUUUUACCUGCAUUGAAACUAGUAAGAGUGCUUUAUCAGUCACAGCAGAAUACUGAUUUUCAAAUGUCCACCCCACCAAUAUAAAAAAGCUACAUAAUCUUAGCAUUACUGUUGUAAAACAAAACUAAAGCACAUUUUAAUAAGUGUUGACCAAAGAUCUUUUUAAAGGAAAAGCUACUGUUUAUUUCACUUGUUUUAAGAAUACAAAUAUUGGAAUUAGUUCUCAGUGUUGACAGGCACAGUGUUGGUUUAUUCCUAUGCAGAUGCUGCUCUGCCCUAUCGGGAUUAGUGUGUUUAACUGUAUUGUCAAUGUCUAUGAGGCUGAACUUGAAGACCACUCAUGUACACCCUUCAGCUUUCCAGCACACACGGAAUUCCAGAACUACUAAUAGACUGCCAAUCUGUCAGGUAGCUGUAUCUCGCCAGCUCUAGCACUGCCAGAUUCAAGAACUUCUUACCUGUAUUCACUGCUAUGGUAUUAAAUAAACUGGAUACAAGAUGGA